AAGGCCAUUUGUGCAAAUGCUCCAUUUUCACGCUCACACACAAAAACAUAACUUUUCUACAAUUCUCAAAGUUUUCUCUAUUUUAUGUACUUCUAUUUGCUGAAGGUUUGUAAAUUUGGGAAUUUGACUCAAAAGUUUCGGACUUAUUGCAUAAGAAGCAUAAUUGGCACAGAAUUAAUCAACGGCUGGAGGGAGGAGGUGCAGAAAAGACGAAUGAGAGACACAACUGAGGCAAAUGCCUAUUUUUGAAGCGUAGAGCUGGUGUAUGCACUCUUCACUUGCCUCAUUGUAUAACUAUUGCAUCAUUCUUGUAUGAGUAGCUAACGAAACAGGGUUGAAGAUGUGGAGCUUAAUAAUAAAAUAUUUUUCAUGAUUGUUUUAUGAUGCUUGUUUAGCAAAAAUACGCUUGUUUGUGUCUUGUACAUCAAUUUCAGAUCAUUUGGUCUAAUUUUCAACCAUGUGAUUACAAUUUCUAACCAUUUGAACCAAGUCCGUUCUAACUGGCCCUUAAGGCAAUUCACUGUGCCUGAGAACUUGGUUAUUAUAUCUCUGAGAUAAUCAGAAAUACCUCUGGUAACUGAAUUUUUUUGCCUCCGGAGAUAACCAUUUAGCAUUAAAAAGUAGGAGUGAAAAUUUUGCUGAAUUUCCAUGGACACUCAUUUUUCAAACAUUGUAGGACUCGACCCUCGAUAUGGCUGCAUUCUAUACUCUUUUCCCUAGUUAAUGCAGCUGGAAUUCCAAAUAAUUGAGUUAGUUUACCUCAAGCGGAUUUGAACCAAUUUGCUACUCAGGAAUGCUUUCAAUGUUUGCCAGAAUCUUUCUUCAAAGGACUUCAUAUUCAGCUAUAUUAACCAACAGCACCAGCACUUUUAGGUGUCUUAAAACUAUAACACCUUCCGUCGACCCGGAUAGCAAUCCUUUCGGGGGCAAAGGUAGUUGCAGCAGAAGUGUACCUAAUGAUGACUACUUUGCGACAAUUCAUCAUAUAUCUAACAUUGUUCGGCGAGAUAUUUACAUGGAGCGGACCCUCAACAAGAUGCAUAUUUCUAGUAUUGUUAACUCAGAACUGGUUUACCGUAUCCUUCGAAGUUGUUGCCAACAUGGUAUUGAAUCAUUUCGCUUCUUUAAUUGGGCUCGGACUCAACACCCUCAGUAUGACCCAACGACCGUCGAGUUUGAAGAGCUUCUUAAAACCCUUGCCCGAACUGCCCACUGGGAGACAAUGUGGAAAGUAGUCCAGCAGAUGAAAGCCCAGAAUAUCCCUAUCUCACCCUCCAUCGUUUCAUUUAUUAUUGAACACUAUGGUAAGCGUGGUCUCAUUGAUCAGGCUGUCGAGCUCUUCAACCGGCUCAAGAACUUCAAUUGUCCUCAUACCACCGAAGUAUACAAUGCUUUGCUUUUUGCUCUUUGCGAGGUCAAGAAUUUCCAAGGGGCCUAUGCAUUGAUUCGGAGGAUGAUACGAAAAGAUACUGUUCCGGAUAAGAAGACAUAUUCCAUUCUUGUAAAUGGCUGGUGUUCGGCAGGGAAGAUGAGAGAGGCACAAGAGUUUUUGGAGGAAAUGAGUCGAAAGGGAUUCAAUCCUCCGGUACGCGGGAGGGACCUUCUAAUUGAUGGGUUGCUUAAUGCUGGCUAUCUUGAAUCAGCUAAAGGGCUGGUGAGGAAAAUGACAAAGGAGGGGUUCGUUCCAGAUGUUGGAACUUUCAAUUCGUUGGCAGAAGCUAUAUGUAAAACCGGGGAGAUUGAUUUUUGCAUUGACCUUUUCAAUGAUGUUUGUAGAUUGGGGAUUUGUCCUGAUAUUGAGACUUAUAAGAUUGUGAUAACUGCAGCAUCAAAAGUAGGGAGGAUAGAUGAGGCAUUUCAGAUUCUUCAUCGGUCAAUUGAAGAUGGACAACGGCCAUUUCCUAGUUUAUAUGCUCCAAUUCUAAAAGCUUUCUUCCGCAGAGGACAGUUUGAUGAUGCAUUUAGCUUUUUCAGUGAGAUGAAGCUGAAGGGGCAUCCACCGAAUCGCCCACUUUAUACUAUGUUGAUAAAGAUGUGCACUCGUGGAGGUAGAUUUUUAGAGGCUGCUAACUAUUUAGUAGAAAUGACCGAGUUAAAUCUGUUGCCUAUGUCACGAAGCUUUGACAUGGUCACAGAUGGAUUGAAGAAUUGUGGGAAGCAUGAUCUAGCCAAAAGGAUCGAGCAGUUGGAGAUAUCCAUUAAAGGCAUCUGAAUCAAUGUGUGGCUCUAGCUAAAGUGUUCUCUGUAUCACUGCACUUGAGGAAGAUUACAUUCUUAAAGUUGAAAAGGUGUACAGUUGAGGUGCCACAUUGUUCAACCAACCUCAGCUCAUUUGUGGCGUUUUGCCUUGUAGAGCACCUAUUUGAACGUCUCUAGCCACGAUUUUGAGUAAUUUGGAACGAAAUCACGAAAGAGCCUUUAACGGUGUGAAGAUCAUUACAAAGGCAAUAGUUUGUUUUCUGUUGGUUCCAACUUAUAAAAGGCAAUUGUAAACUACUGGUGAAAAAUCACCAGAAAUGCUUUUGUUGAUAGUCCUUAAAUUAUUCAAGCUACAUUAAGCUUGUGAGGGGUUGUCUUUAGAUGCUGAGUUUUCUGUGGGAAUAACUUGAUUCUUUCUCUGAGUGAGUUGUUCUUGUAUCCUUUUAGCAACACUAGCUUCUAAUGUAUCAUUCAGAAGCGGAUCCAGGAUUUGAAUUUUAUAGGUUCAGACUCAGAAUUUCUACCACAUUGCAUCUAAUUUACUGGAUUCGAAACC